ACUGAGUAUUUGUGUAACAAUUUAGCCACAAAUUUACAGACAGACCAUACACAGUCCAGCCAUAUACUCGGGUUUGACCGAGUCUAGUUAUGGCAAGGAUGGCGUCUGAGUGAGGCGAACGGCGUUAACACGAUUUUGCACUUGGCGGCUCACGUUACCGCAGUCUUGCAAAGGGAGCGGAGGAGUACUCAGCUGGUUGCAAUCUGCAACCACACAACUAGAUGUCACCAAAUCCUACACACUAUACUUAUAAAAAGUCUUUUAAUUCUGGAUGCACAUUUGUCACCACAGGCAGCUCCCUGGUUUCUCAUUCUCUGCUGUUGUUGACGGUGAUCAGAGGAAGAGAACAUAGAUUUAUUUAGCAAAGAAAUCCCCUUUUUGGUAACCACCCACACACUCAUCUUCCUGCCAGUUUAACAGGAAAGUUGCAUUUUUACUCACCCUACGACAACACUGUACUUUCCAUUGCACACCAUACAUGACAUUGCACCUGCUUCAAAGCUAAAAAUAGUGAUGGAUUAACACGCUCCCACUUCACGCUCACACCCACCAACGCCUGUUAAUUAUUUGUGAAAAGGUGUCCAACGAUGACUAAUGAUAACAUCUCUUGUGAGGAAACUUUUAAAACACAGUUUGGCACAGUUCUUGGCAGAGGAGUGUUAAGAAAUUAAAGUCAAUAAAGAGGUUUGUGUGUGAAACACUGGAAAGUGCAUGUGUGACCUUGGUAGAAACAAAACAUGUCCCCAUUAACUUCAACUAAAGUGAUCUCAUUGGUGAUGUAGUUAUUAGCAGCAAACCAGGAAGUGGAAUUGAAGAGGGUCAGAGGAGAUGUGAUGCAAGAGGUUUGUUCUCUGAAAUGUGUUUGUUGAGUAUGUGAGAGAGAGACGAGGAGUGGAAAAGAGAAGUGAUUUUUCCCUACAGACACUGGUUAGAAUGGUUUCCCUCCUCCUCCCCUCUCACACAAAGACUUGACUUGUAGCCUAAACGUCGUGUUCAUUUACAUUUCGGCGAACAAUCUGACGGCACACACUUUAAUACACAAGGCCCAAAAAUGUUAAACGUGAAUAUGGAUACGUUGGGUAAACUCGCUGCUCCUGCUACAGCAAAGAUUCGGCAGCUUCAGAAGAUCGUACAAGACAUCAAGAAAAAUGACGGCAGCUUACUGAAUAAACUAAGAAGACUGAAGAGCAAACCACUUCCAAAAGUACCUGCGAGAGAUUACAGAGAUAACAGGGAAGAUGCUGAACUGUCUGACCCUGAUUAUGAUAAUGACACGUAUGAGGAUCCACAUGAGGACCACGACGACAGCUACGAGCCUCCUCCCAGCCACAGAGCCUUCACCACAACUCCCUCCACUUCGUUCCCAGCGGGGGAAUAUCUCGAUAACCGCCGCAACCAGCCCGACCGGCCGCCCAGAAAGCCCCUCCGCCCAGGCAAAGCCUCCAGAGAGCUGCCCCCCGAGCCCACCCAGCUGGAGAGCGAUGAAGAAGACUACAUCGAUCCAGACGGCAGCAAUGAUGACGACAACUACGUAGAGCCGUCAGGGAAUGCACCUUCCAAUCCUGUGAUGCAUGCUGGGAGCAGAGCAGGGAGGGACCGUCCUAUGUUGCCGAAACCUUCACCAGAGCGUCCACCCAGUCCUGACUUUUAUGAAGUUCCUGACAAAGAGGGGAACUCAUUAUCUCUCCCAGCAAGCAGAUUGUGUCCAAUACCAAUCCCCAAAACACAGUCGCACUCGUUGCCACCGAAACCCAGCCCCAGGGUGAAUACGAGGAGAUCUCCUAUUGCUGUCCAGGAGCCGACAGACGACGAUGAAUAUGAAGUUUGUGAUCCAGGUUCCAGUGAUAAACCUGCAGCUGGUCCUUCUCCUCUCCUACCAAAACCUUUGCCCAGAGAGAGGUCACCAAAGCCACCUUUAAAGCCGAGGCCAGAUUUAAAACCUCGGGAAUUUGAAAACCGAACGCUGCCUGUGAUGCAAAUUGACCAGAAGCCUCCGCCAAAUGCUUUUUCGCUGGACUUGAAACGACCAAAGAUUCCUAUCCCACAGUUGACGUCCCUCAAUCCAGCUGACAGAAGAAGUGCGUCUGCUGAAAAUGGGUCAAUAGACCCAGAUAAGAACGCAGACGUCUAUAGGAAACCCUGGUAUGCCGGCGCGUGUGACCGCAGGACUGCUGACGACGUCUUGUGUCGCUCAGACAAAGACGGGGCGUUCAUGGUGAGGAAGAGCUCCGGUCAGGACUCACAGCAGCCCUACACAUUAGUGGUGUUUUACAAGGGCAGAGUGUACAACAUCCCGAUCCGCUUCAUACCCUCGUCUCAGCAGUACGCUCUGGGAAGAGAGAAGAGGGGGGAGGAGUAUUUCAGCAGCGUCUCCCACAUCGUCGAGAACCACCAGAGGAAUCCUCUGAUGCUGAUCGACACCCAGAGUAACAACAAGGACGCCACCAAGCUGUGCUACCCUAUGAGACCCUAGAUGAUCCUCGCCACGUAACUGGACUAAUGCAGACUAUUGUUUACAGAUUGUGAUGCUUUUGAGGCCGUGUCAACGGGACUGUAUGCUGGACUUGCCUGCUUUGCUGCUUUUCCACACAGAGCCCAAAGUAGCACCGACUCAGCUGACUUUUUUUAACUUGUGUUUUAUUGAGAUGUUUUUUUAAUGCUCAGUCAGUAAACAGUUUAUUAAAGUGAGAGCUGGGAAGGAGACAAUGUUGCUGAAGUAGACAACUUGUUUAUGACAGCAAUACUUUGGGGAGCCAAAAAUACAAAGUUGUAUAUAUUUUUGUUUUAAUAAAACUCUUUUCUUGUGUUGUAUAA